AUGGAUAACAUAGUAUAACAUGUGGAUGAUGAAUAUAAUGAAGGGAAACAGGAUUCUUAUCAACAACCUGAAAAACUAUCAGACAAUUUAGCAAGAACAGUUUUCUUUGAUUCCAACAAUCUUCCUUAAGUGGAAUGUUACUACCAUAAAGGAUAUUAUAUAUCUAACAUGUGUCGAGCACCUCAAUGUAUAAUACCCUUAUGUCCUCUUUGCAUACAUCUUCAUUCUAAGGAACAUGUCAACGAAGGCACAUAUCCAGUAUUUGAGUCAUUAGAAGUCUUAUUAAAUCAAGCAAGUGAUCAUGUUAAUAAUGAAUUGAAGAAAUUUACUAAUUCAUAUUACGAUAUCAAAAAGCAUGUGAAUACUUUUGAGGUUCAUGCAGAUAAAACUAUAAAAAAGAUUAGAGAAAUUAAGAAACGUAUAUAAGAUGUCGUUGAACAAUUCUUCAAUGGUUUAGAGAAUGAAGUCUAACAUAAAUAGAAGAAGAAUGUGAAUAAUUAAGAGAGAGAUGCUAAACAUUUACUAUCAAUGAUUGAAGAGAGAUGGAGAUCAAUGAAAUAGAUGUUAAAUACAUUUUAGAGUUCUGAUUGUUUAACAGCUCUCAUUCCCUAUUUCACAACAACCUUUUAAGAAGACAAUCAUGUUUAUUAUAAAAAGAUAGGGGAGUACAUAAAUGCAUUUCCAACUGUCAGUAGUGAAGUCUAAAUCGAUUAACAUAGAGCCUCUGAGUUGAGUUUGUUUUUAGGUUCAAUAAUACGAGUUCAGCAUACAUCAAUUCCUGAUUUUAUUGGCAUUCAUUAAUUGCCUACUACCAAUGUUACUGAAAGCACUAAAAUCAAUUCUCUUUAGGGUAGCAGAAUCAAGGAACCAUUGCGUGUCACCAUCCAGGAAAAGAAAACUCAAUUUGAAUCUUAAGAUCAUCAGAAAUUACCUGUUUAGGAUAUUCGAGCUUAAAGAAGUCCACCUCCGAAUGCUUAAUCUAUCUAUCCUUAUCCAGUACACCCCUCUAUGCAUCAAUAUCCUCCAUAGCAUUAUUUACCUCCUCAAUAUCAUAGAUUUUGAAAGACAUUAUUACAAAAUAAUAUUAUAUAAUGAUGCGAUUUAUUAAACUUAAAA